AUGUUCAAACGCGCUGUUUACGCGCGGACAGCGCUGAACACAAGCAAGACGGGGGCCCUUUGCGCAUAUUCAUCCGGCCGCUUCCUCUACAACGCACGCGCGCGUCUCCGCGAACGAUACGUGCCGUUCAAGAUCACAGCACUCAAGCAAGCCACCUCAAAGCAUCAGCAGGGUACUCCCGACUAUUCGAGAACCCUGAUCCAAGCCUCUCACCAGGUUGAACCCGCCAAAGUACCCUCCAAACUACGACACGAUGAACACGACGAAAAGGCCCAAGUCGACGAGCUAAUCAGACGACAAAGUUUGCUCUAUGUGUACCGCGUGGUCAACGGCGGCCUCAAGUAA